GAUUGCUUGCCAAGGAGAAGAGCAACCAAUUGGCAUCCAAAGACCCUUUCUUUUCUUUCGAAGCCUUCUUGUAAAUUAACAUCAAAGAUUACCUUAGUCUUUCAUCUCGUUUGUUCAAUUAACGAAGAUACUCAAUAUAUUCCUCUUUCUUACCUUCUCCUUGGAGUUUUUCAUACAUCAAUGGGAAACGUGUUCUCAGUUUCAAUCUCUACCAAUGACAUCGCUGGUUGUUGUGAUUGCACUGCUGCUCGAGCAAAUUACAUAUGCAAGCUUGCAGAAAAUCGGGUUACUUUGAGAACGGAGCUUCAAAAAUUAAGGGAGCUGAAGAACGAUGUGAAUAGGAAGGUGGAUGUGGCUGAGAGACAACAAAUGAAGCGUCUGGAUCAAGUACAAGGCUGGCUUUCAAGGGUGGAAGCCAUGGAAACUGAAGUUGGUCAACUGAUUGGAGAUGGUGCGGAGACCAUUGAGGAGAAACGAUUACGUGGUUGUUGCCAUCCCAAGCAUUGCAUCUCCAGCUACACGUCGGGAAAAAAAGUGGCCAGGAAGCUACAAUAUAUGGCUACUCUAAUGAGCGAAGGACGUAAUUUUGAGGUGGUGGCUGAUAUUGUACCUCCAGCUCCUGUGGAGGAAAUACCCGGCCGACCCACUGUGGGCUUGGAAUCAACAUUUGACAAAGUUUGGAGGAGUCUCGAAGAAGAACAUGUAGGGAUGAUCGGCUUAUAUGGGUUGGGGGGCGUUGGGAAGACCACCCUCUUGACACAAAUCAACAAUCAUUUCCUUAAAACAUCCCACAAUUUUGAUGUCGUAAUUUGGGUAGUGGUUUCAAAAACUCCAAAUCUAGGGCGGGUUCAAAACGAGAUUUGGGAGAAGGUGGGAUUCUGUGAUGAUAAAUGGAAAAGCAAAAGCCGCCAUGAGAAAGCCAAAGACAUCUGGAGAGCCUUGAGCAAAAAGAGGUUUGUGAUGUUGUUGGAUGACAUGUGGGAGCAAAUGGAUCUGUUAGAAGUGGGAAUUCCACCUCCUGAUCAACAAAAUAAGUCCAAGCUGAUAUUCACCACUCGAUCUCAGGACUUGUGCGGGCAAAUGGGAGCUCACAAGAAGAUCCAAGUGAAAUCUUUGACAUGGAAGGAUUCGUGGGAUCUGUUUCAAAAAUAUGUGGGAAAGGAAGUCCUUAAUUCUGAUCCAGAAAUAUUUGAGCUGGCUGAAAUGGUUGCAAAAGAGUGUUGCGGUUUGCCACUGGCGAUAAUUACCAUAGGGCGAGCCAUGGCUUCUAAAGUGACACCCCAAGAUUGGAAGCAUGCAAUUAGAGUACUACAAACAUGUGCUUCAAACUUUCCAGAUUUUUUCAUGGUUAAGGAACUUUUGAUAUAUCAAUGGAUUUGUGAGGGAUUUUUAGAUGAAUAUGAUGACACGGAUGGAGCCAGAAAUCAGGGAUUUAAUAUUAUCAGUACUCUCGUUCAUGCAUGUCUACUUGAGGAAUCUUCAGAGACUAAAUUGGUAAAAUUUCAUGAUGUUGUUCGUGAUAUGGCCUUGUGGAUAACCAGUGAAAUGGGGGAGAUGAAGGGCAAGUUUUUGGUAAAAACAAGUGCUGGUUUGACCCAAGCACCUGACUUUGUCAAAUGGACGACGACAGAAAGGAUUUCACUGAUGGACAACCGAAUUGAGAAGUUAACAGGAUCACCCACAUGUCCGAAUCUCUUGACACUUCGUCUAGAUUUGAAUAGUGAUUUGCAGAUGAUAAGCAAUGGUUUUUUCCAAUUUAUGCCCAAUCUAAGAGUGUUGAGCUUAUCAAGAACCAAAAUAGUUGAGUUACCAUCAGAUAUUUCUAAUUUGGUUUCAUUGCAAUAUCUUGAUUUAUCUGGUACAGAGAUAAAGAAGUUGCCAAUUGAGAUGAAGAAUCUCGUACAAUUGAAGACUUUGAGAUUGGGUGCAUCUAAAGUCUCUUCAAUUCCACGAGGACUAAUAUGAAGUCUUUUAAUGUUGCAAGCC